CGAUCUAUGUUUUAUUUAGCAUGUGUGUCUAAGGUCUUGAUAAAUGGUAAUUUUCUUAGAUUAGCAGAAAAGUGUGACUGCGUCAUCUGAAGUCAAGGGACUGUUCCUGUUACAGAGCAGCAGAACAGUAUGAAUAUCUCACAGGCCUGUCAGACUGAUUUGGAAGUCAUCUUGGAGUUUCUUGAAGAGCACUGGAGACAGGAGACUAGACGAGGGGACUUAUGGGAAAACACUGAUUCCCAUGAGAGUGCACAAAUUGUUGGUGCGGGUUAUAGUGAUGCAUCGAACCACUUGGGUUCUCUACAACUGCUUUCUGCGCCAAAGACUCAACAGGACGCAGGACACCAGCUGAAGAUGACUGGAUUUGAUCCAGGUGUGCAGUCUGGAAUGAGGGAGUCAGUAAUCCAGAGUCUUUGUACUGAGCCAGCUUUAAACCCCCUUGCUUGUCCAGAGAGGCCUUUAACUCCACAUGUAAAACCUGAGCAGAGGGCUGAAUCAUUGCCCAGCUCUACACCUGUAAGCAGAGGGAAAAGGCUGCGCCUCUUUCACUUCUUGUUUGAGAUGCUAGAGGACCCUGGAAUGGCACACUGUGUGUCGUGGGUUCCUUCAUCAGCAGGGGUUUUCCGGUUCUCCUCCACACACAAGGAGCGUGUGGCAGAACUCUGGGGUCAGCGCAAAGGCAACAGGAGGCCCAUGACCUACCAGAAGAUGUCUCGCGCUCUGAGAAACUACAUCCGCUCAGGGGAAAUCAUCAAAGUGAGGAAAAAACUGACUUACCAGUUCAGUGGAGCCACCCUCACUACAUUAAGGAAUCAGCAGGGAAUGAAAAAUGCCCUACACUGA